UGUUGUUGCAUCAUUUAGUAUCGAGCUAGCUUGGUGGUGACUGACUGUAGCGUACAGAGCCAGCUACAGCAUGUCUAGAUUUUGUGUAUUACUAAUACUUGUUUCUGUAAUUUUUGAUUCAACCUUUUCUAUUACGUUCUAUUUACCGGUGAAUCUUAGAAAAUGUUUGCGGGAAGAGAUCCACAAAGACGUGCUGGUUACAGGCGAAUACGAAGUUAGCGACCAACCAAAUGCGAAAACCAAUCUCAAGAUCACAGAUUCAUCAGGUCACACCUUGUACUCCAAGGAGGAUGCUUCAAAGGGAAAGUUUGCCUUUACAACAGAGGACUAUGAUAUGUUUGAGGUGUGCUUUGAAAGCAAAUCCUCCCUAGGUACUGGAAGGGUCCCAGACCAGCUAGUCAAUUUAGACAUGAAGCAUGGUGUGGAGGCAAAGAAUUACGAAGAGAUUGCAAAAGUUGAGAAGCUGAAGCCCCUCGAAGUUGAACUAAGACGCCUCGAGGACUUAUCGGAGUCCAUUGUGAAUGAUUUUGCCUACAUGAAGAAGCGUGAAGAGGAAAUGAGAGACACAAAUGAAUCCACCAACACUCGUGUCCUGUACUUCAGUAUCUUCUCUAUGUGCUGUCUAAUUGGGCUGGCAACAUGGCAGGUCUUCUAUCUGCGGCGUUUCUUCAAGGCGAAGAAGCUGAUUGAGUAAACCCCUCAAUGAAACAAGGACCAUCAUGUUGAGGACUUUUGGGAAAUGGUGUUUGCUGUACAAUUUGUGAAACAACUGGGUUUUUUUGAAUGGGGGGGCUCCCUUUACAAUUUCAAUGUAAAAUGAUUUCUUCUUUCAGCUUCAGUCUUUUUACCAGCCCCUCAUCUCUGGCACUAUUUGUUUUUAUUAGAAAUACAACCAAAUGGACUUCGAUACAUAUUGGUCUGAUAUUUUCUCAUGCAAUAUUCUUGUUACUAUUUUUGUUGUUGUAGUAGAUGACUAAUACUGUAUGAAAAUAAACAUUACAUGUUUAGUGAGUGCACAAAAACUCCCCAUCAAACAUUCAGAUAUUGUUAUGUGAAAAUAACAUUUCCCCAGUAUGUCAGGUACAUGGUUGUUUUUUAUUAAAAAACGUUUUCACUUUGA